CCCGACCAGCCGCGGCCGAGAGGAUGAAGUGUAAACCGAACCAGACGCGCACCUACGACCCGGAGGGCUUCAAGCAGCGAGCGGCGUGCCUGUGCUUCCGGAACGAGCGCGAGGACGAGGUGCUGUUAGUGAGUAGCAGCCGCUACCCCGACCGCUGGAUCGUGCCGGGAGGGGGCAUGGAGCCCGAGGAGGAGCCGGGCGGCGCGGCGGUCCGGGAGGUGUACGAAGAGGCGGGAGUCAAAGGGAAGUUAGGCCGGCUCCUCGGCGUUUUCGAGCAGAACCAAGAUCGCAAGCACCGAACCUAUGUGUAUGUCCUGACCGUCACCGAGAUUCUGGAUGACUGGGAAGAUUCGCUGAGCAUCGGCAGGAAACGCGAGUGGUUCAAAAUCGAAGAUGCCAUCAAGGUUCUCCAAUGCCACAAGCCCGUGCAUGCCGAAUAUCUGGAGAAACUGAAGCUGGGCGGUUCCCCGACCAAUGGAAACUCCGUGGCCCCUGCACUGCCAGACAGCUCUGCCUAGUAUGUACCUCUCCUGCGCAGACUACUGCUUUUCCGCCUACCUUAAAAGAAAUCAUGUCUGGUGCACCUCUAAUGCCAUGUGCGGUCUCAAGGGAUCGGAGGGAGGCUUCUUUUGUUUCCUUGGCAGCUCUCUGAAUCAUGCUUGCAAACUGUCUCAGUCGCUGAGCACCAUUCUCAGACAAUUUGAACGCUGUUCAGAUGCUUGGAAAUCACUUUUUGUGGUACUGUCACGUGUUUCUUAGGUAAGCCAAAGCCACUUUGGGUUCUUUGAAAGGUGCCUGAACUGCUCACCUAGCCCAUCAUAUGUGGCUGGCUGUGUCUGGAGCUGGGGUGAG